UUGAUUGGGUUUCGGCCCACCGUUGUGUCAAUUGUUACGCCUUACUUAGUGGCCGGUAACCGGUGAUUUUCAUUCACUUGCCAGUCGCCACCGCCGACCGACGUAUCGCAGACCACAUCAUACGACCGGAUAGCUCUUCCUUCCUCUGGAUAACUGCACCGCCAUGCACAAGUACACUAUGAUGGGCCUCUGCCUGAUGGCAGCUUUGGGAGCCGUACUCCUGGAGGUGAAUGCCAGUCCAGCUGGUGUCGCUAUCCCCUCGAAGUUGGAUCCCAGUCAGUUGGGCGGUCUCUCAGCGCAAUUCUUGCCGCCCGAAUAUCGCAACACCAACGUCAGUGUGGAUGACAUCAAACGUCUGUAUCGCGAGAAAUGCAAAAAGGUCACGGGCACCGACAACUCCACCUUCUACGAGGACAUCGAACGGGCUGCCACCAAGAUGAGCACCUGCAUCAGUGGCGUCGCCAAUCUGACGGCCAUCCAGGAGGAGAUGGAACAGGCCAAGCCCCAGGGUGAACUGGAUACUGUUUUCCACAAGUACUGUACAAAGGCGCCCGAGGCCGAGGCCUGUGUCAAGGAAUUCAACACCAAAAUGCAAGUCUGCCUCACCGCCGAGGAGAAGCGCCACCAGGAGACGAUCGCCCGGAUCGGGGCAUCGCUAUUGGGAUUCGCCUGCACUAAGGGCGGGGAUCAGAUCGCUUUGUUCGUGGCCGAACAGGGGCCAGAGUGUCUGGAGGCCAACAAGGAGGCCAUUGCCAAUUGCCUCAACCAGUCGUUCCACAACUACAUUCCCAAGGACGGACAGGUGCCCGAUCUGAUGAGCGCCCCCGAGCUGCUGUUCUCGCCCACCCACUGCGUGGACCUGGAACGGUUCGAGCACUGUGUCCUCCACCACUUGGAACGGUGCUCCGAGAUCACCCCCGCCAACAUUGUCCAGUCGAUCUUUAAGUUUGUGAAGAACGAAACCGACUGCCAGGCGUACAUGAAUGCCCGGGCCAACGAGAAACCCAUUUUGAUGGCCGCUGCCGGCAAUAGUACUGGCGGAGGUGCCACUGGACUGACGGCCUAUUCCGGUUCCCUAUUAGCUGGACUCUUUGCCGGAUUCUUGAUCCUCAAUCGCUACUAAAAAAAAACCGACAAAGAAGGUCGGUCCAAAAAAAACUGGAUAGGAAAA